AUGCCGGACCUCAAGGCAUCCACCGGGGGGCUGGAGGAGAUUUCUCCUCGCAGCCUGGACUCCUCCAAUCCAGCAGAAGCAAUCAUUACCGAUGUAAAGCACCUGGCAUCUUAUAACUGGAUCGAAGCACCUGAACCAACCAUCGCUGUCCCCGGCAGUCCGGCACUCUGCCCUCUAGAGCCGUUAUUCCGCGCCCUCUACAUUGAGCAACCCUCGUUUGAGAUUGAUUCAAUCGAUGUCGUAACUGACCGAAACAACGUUCGCAAACUUCUGUCGUUCGUUAAUCCCACUCAAAGCAGAUACGGUCUUGAUUCAUUCACGAUCCAGGUGGAUAUGACUGCUUAG